CUGAGUCAGAAGCAGAUAAAUAAACAGGUCACACAAUACAUUCUUUGUUAGCUCAUAGCACCCAAAGGAGUGUAUUCAGUAGAAAAGGAGGAUAAAAAUCUUGAGGCUUCAAAUGUAUCACCUGAGAACUGAAGCACCACUAAUUUUCAGAAGAAAGAUGGUUCAAAACCUCUCCCUUGCCAUCACAUCGGACUUUGUGAUGUCACAUCUAAACAGUCCCAGAAAUGUGACCAAUGCUACACUGACAGCACUUCAGAGCUACGUGAUGCAGACGGUUUUGCCAGCCCUCUUCAUGCUCAACUGCUGCAUCAGCAUUCCUCUCAAUGUAAUCUCCUUGUGGUUCCUUUGUUGGUAUUCAAGGCCUUGGACUCCCACCAUUAUAUUUUGCAUUAAUUUAAACAUUGCAGACUUACUCUAUGGCUUUGCCCUCCCCUUUCAAAUAGCCUACCAUCUAAAGGAGAAUAAUUGGCCUUUUGGAGACGUCUUGUGUCACAUUGUCACCAUUCUGUCAUAUGGGAACCUCCAUUGCUCCAUUUUAACCAUGAUGAGCCUUAGCAUUGAGCGAUACCUAGGCAUUGUCCACCCAUUGCGGUACAAAGCAGCAAAGCCAAUUAGGGCCUCUUUCCUGGUGUGCAUCAGCAUUUGGGCCCUGGUUUUACUAACCCUUUUCCCUCUCAUGCAGCAUAAGCUCACCAUUCAUUUACAGCAGCUCCCUAUCAUCACCUGCUUUGAUGUUUUGCCAAAAGAAAUGUUUAGCUCCAAAGAAAAAUUUAUUGCUUAUUUUGGAUCCCUGCUCUUUCUAUUUUUCUUCCUACCAUUGAUCAUCAUGGGGUUUUGCUAUAUCUCAAUCAUAUUAACACUUCUCCAUUCAUCUUCUCAGUUCAGAGAGAGCAAGAGGCAGACUGUCUACUUCAUCGUAGUGUUGCUAUUCCUGAUUACUGUUUGUUACCUCCCUCACAUUGUCAUGUCAGUGACUCAUUAUGUCCUCCUUUUCCAAAAGAAAUCAUUUUAUGUGGAAUACAAAUUGUCACUUGCUACAGCCAGCUUUAAUUGCUGCUUCGACCCAUUUCUUUAUUAUUUUGGUUCCAAAGAGUUUCGACAAAAAAUACAGAGGAAACUCUGCAAGUGUGUGGCAGUAAAUUUCGGUGAAAAUAGCCCAAUUUUUUCACAGCAUGACAUGCAAAUCAUGCCAGUGCAAGAAGCACCGAAGAUUUAACAAUAAACAUAUUUAUUACAAUAAAUAAACAAGAAAAACAUUAAUUUAACAAUUCAUACUGAUAGAUGUCCAUACUGAAGGAUCUGUUAUUAAUGGAAAGAUUGGUUGGCUAGAAACAGAGACUUGCUGAACCAUUUUCUCAGAACAUCAUGGAUUGCACUAAUAAUCAAAGGAUGUAGCUGAUAGGUGUACUACAUUCCUACAGUGCAUGCUUUUUUUAAAACUGAGGAUAGUUAGAAAAAGCUCUGUAUAGAUAGGUCUUACUAAAUUGUGUGAAUUGGUAUAAAAUUGACAAUUGUCAUAGCAAUAUGACUGGUAUCGUUGAAAACAUGGAGAGUCAUAUAGUUUAAAUUAAAAAUGGUUUCUGGUCUUUAUAUUGAGAUCUUAAAUGAAUAUACUUUAUGAUCAUUAAAUGCUAUAGGGAUUUUCAAGUAAUAUUUAAUAGGACAAUAAUCCAUAGAAACAAGGGCCAACACUAAGACAAUACUAUACUAAGACAAUACUUCUGCAUGGCAGUUAGUUAUUGAACAAAACAAGCCCCCACGAAAUAGAAAAAAAAUGUGAUUCUCUUAUUUCUGAUAUUUCUGUUAUCCAAACAUCAAAAUAUUACA